UGGGCUGAUGUUUAUCUGCUAGUUUGGACUUAUUGGGAACCAACUGGUGGCACAUUCUUUAGUGUGUUCAUCCAGUGAUACUGUGUGCAGUGUCCAUUGUCGCCAUGUGUGGUGAUCUUGAGAAUCUGAAUGAAUGCUUGUCCGAUGUCAAUUUGUAUUUUUGUAUGUAAAAUUACAAAACAACCCAUUAGAAUACAGUUCGUAUCUUUACUGUACAAUCAUGUCAGGACUUGUCUUGACACAACCUGACUAAUCAAUACGAGAAUGUAAGGUAUAUAUAUAACAGCUGCAGUCUGGGUUGGUGAUCAUACGCCAGGUCUGCACACCUACUGAACAAGAAGUACUACCAUGGCUUCACAAAACCCAAAAGAAAAGACCAGCUGUGAAAAUGCUAAGAAUGAGAAGAGGAUAGGGUACAUAGGUUGGGAGGAAUACUUCAUGGCCGUCGCUCAGCUCUCUUCACUGAGAAGCAAAGACCCCAGUACCCAGGUCGGAGCUUGUAUUGUGAACAAAGAUAAGAGGAUCGUCGGUACCGGUUACAACGGAAUGCCCGAUCGCUGCAGUGAUGACGAACUACCGUGGGGCAAGGGAGAAGGCUUAGACAAUAAGAAACCUUAUGUCUGCCACGCUGAGCUGAACGCCAUACUGAACAGGUUCUCUGCUAACUUGAAAGACUGCAAGAUCUUCGUGACUCUGUUCCCAUGUAACCACUGCACCCAGAUGAUCAUUCAGUCUGGAAUCCAUAAGGUUGUCUACUUGUCGGAUGAGAAAAAGGAAAAGGACGAGGUGAAAGUAUCAAAGAUACUUCUGCGCAUGGCUGGUGUCAAAUACAGACCAUAUCGAGGAAAAAUGGACCCAAUCAAGAUACAGUUUGCUCCAGGUCCCACUGAUGAUGGUGGAAAGAUGGACCCAAUCAAGGUACAGUUUUCUGUAUGUAAUACUGAUGUUCGUGGAAAGAUGGACCCAAUCAAGCUUCAUUGUCCUCCAGGCUCCACUGAUGUUCGUGGAAAGAUGGACCUAAUCAAGCUUCAUUGUCCUCCAGGCUCCACUGAUGUUCAUGGAAAGAUGGAACCAAUCAAGGAACAGUUGCCUCCAGGUCCGACUGAUUGUCAGAGAUGGAAUGGUUACCUGAACUCAAAUCUCAUCAAAAAGUGUUUCUUUCAUCUGGUUAAUGAGGGGAACAUGUUUACAUAACACUGAUUUCCAAAUCAACAAUACAUUGUUUAACGAUUGAUUUGUAGUUCGAGAUUCAUGAUAAGCAAAGUAUUUUGGAAUGAAUUUGUAUGUGAACUGCUGUCUUAGAUUCAUGGGCCACUCACUGCUCUAAUUCUUCAAGUUUGUAAAAGACCAGACACAAACGUAACACCUCUUGCUUCACCGUGCACAUAUUUUACUGAUUUCCGGCAUCCAUCCUCCCCGAGAAGGUGGUUAUCCUCCCAAUAUACUUUUUAAACCAAAGAGGCACACUUUAGGUGAUCUCUUUUGAUAAUGCCACUUUUAUAUUUCCGGGAGAUUUGGGGUUUUUUUCAAUUUAUUCAUGGUAGUGUUUGAGUGGAGGUUGUUUUAUCUAUACGCUUUUACUUAUACUUUUACUUAUACUUUUACUUAAACUUUUACUUAUACUU